AUGCGUGCCAUCAGUUCCAUCACGACCGAUUGUAUGGAGUUGGGUAAUACCAUUUCUAGAGCUUCAUUAGUUCUGAAUGAGUAUGUCCGGGAAGUACGGGAGGCCCGGGCUGACCUGGACGUGGUCUCUCGGGAGCUGCACUCGCUGCAGAGCGUGCUUGACUUAUUGAAGGAUGACGCUGGAUCUCUGCCGUCGAAGGUCGCCACGGAGACCCCGGCGCUCUUGCAACAGUGUAACCUCGUCGUCAGCGAACUUGACGCCGACCUUCUAGCUCUCGACGGCAGUGCUCUUUCGAGACCGCAGAAACGAUCGCAAUGGAUAUCCAGGGGCAAGCAGCAGAUGGCCGAGCUCGUACCAACGUUGGAAGCACAUCGAGCGGUCUUAGGACUGGCACUAGACUUGGUCGGGGUUACCGAUGGUCGCGAACUGCACGAUAGUACUGAGCAAGGGUACGACACGCGUGCCGAGAAUGAGGAACGCCGGGCCGAGGUCCGCAACGAGGCCAUCCGGAUCGUUGAGGAGAUGGCACAGCUGCGGGUGAAGUGGUCGAAGCAGUUCGAUCCCUCUGGUCCCUACUUCCGCCUGUCUACCUACUGUGUCGCGUUGAAGGUCUACGCCAACUCCUUGAUCCACAGUAAGGAUGUCGAGGAUGGCGCUUUCAUUGGAGAAGGGCCGAUGACAGGGGCAUACGUGGGAGACUCGCCAGACAGCGCCAUCGAGGUAAAUGACGAGUCCUCAUUCCGGGCCUUCGAGACGCCGCCAGAAAUCGAAUCUCCUGGUCUGACACCGGCAACUGCUGAGCAGUAUAUCCAGGACGUCAACGAUUUGAUGGACGAAAUGAUUGACGUUCCCAGCCGUGCCCCAACGCCACCCCCGAAGGAUCUCAAGCGUCUUGUUAACCAACGUAAUACGAUGGUUUCCCCCUUUGAGCCACCUACCGUGGAGGCCGAGAACCUCUACGGAGUCGUCACCGAGAUCAGCUCUCAGGGCAGGAAAGCAUCGAAUGGUCCGCCGCCUUCCAGGAGCGGCCGGCUUGGGCGUAUAUUUGGCCAUAUGAAGAAUGCUCUGUCGGAAGCACCUACAACGUCAACGUCCUCCACAUCAUCGACAGAGGUUCGCCCCGUGACCCCCAUUAUGCAGGCCAGCCUCGUACGGAGAGGGAGCAGACGGUUGUCCACCUCGAUCAGAAGGUUGCCGCUGUGGAGCACAGAGCUGGAGGAGCCCGAGGGUCCCGUAACUCCAGGCUCGAACGCGAUCUUUGGGGUGUCGCUCGUGAAGAGUAUGCAAGCAGCGAAGAGCUGUGCAAAGACUCACCACACCGGCAGCGGCUCAUCGCGACGAGAGUUCCCGCUGUGCAUCCACAAGUGUGUCAACUUCUUGAUGAGCGAAGGCGUGAAUGCGCCAGAAAUAUUUGCCGAGGCAGGCGAUGGAUUCCGCGUGCAGAAGCUCAAAGACACCUUCAGCCAAGCCCCCAAGUACGGCGAAGAUGUCAACUGGGACAACUAUGGCGUGUACGACGCUGCAGACAUCGUCCUCCUCUUCCUCUCGCAGCUGCCUAGACCCCUGAUCUCCGAGACCAUUGCCAAGCGAUGGAUCUCGCUCUCGAAGCAGGCGACCCUGAGUGGCUCCCACGGUACGCGUCUGGACCAGUGCAUCGACUUUUGGGAGGAGGCGCUCGGUGGGCUGCGGGGACCGGCCCGGAGCCUGCUGAAGUUGCUGCUGAACCUGUGGUCCUCGGUUGCCGACGCGGCCGAUCAGAACGACAUGACGGCCGAGAGAUUAGCUGGUGUCCUCGUCAAGCCGCUCAUGCACACGUCGUCCGAGAAGUAUAGCACGGACUACAUGCUUGCCCUGGCUUUCCUGAUCCGGAAGCGCAGCGAAUACACCAUGAUGUUGAACGAGGGCAGGAAGAGUCGAGCUGCCUGGUGA